CCCCCGGGUUCAAGAGAUUGGUGCUCUUAAAAGCGGGAUCCCCAUUCGCCUUGGCUCCAGACCAGAUGAUCUGAAUCUGUUGGGGACCAGAAAAGAAAGGGGUAGCCUACUGGAAGCUUUGACUUGAUUCUGCCAUGUCCAGACAGCAGCAUGUUCUCUCCCGAUUUGGAAACGGAUACCACUGCGGAAGACACAGCGCCCAACACCCCCAAUGAUGGAGAGGAUGCACCUGCCAGCAUUGAUGUACUGGAGGAGCAGCGGCCUGUGAAGCAGUCACUGAGUGCCUGUAUGUGCCGAGAGUCCCACUGGCGCUGCCUUCUCCUCUCCCUACUCAUGUACAGCUGCCUUGGCACUGUGGCUUGGUGCCAGCUCACCCGAGUCACAAAGCUCAGCUUCGACUCAUCCGUCACCUCCCUGACAGCCUCCAUUUCCUCACUCAGAGGAGUUGGCAUGGGAGGCCGCUCUAUGAUCUACCAUGACAGCCCCUGCUCUGACGGCUACGUGUACAUCCCUCUGGCCUUCCUGUUCAUGCUCUAUGUCGUCUACCUGGUAGAGUGUUGGCACUGCCGGGCUUGCAGUGAGCUACAGUGUAAGGCUGACGUGGAUAGCGUAUAUGAGCGGGUAUUGCGGAUGCGACAGGCUCGUCCGUGUGUUUGGUGGAAGGCCAUAAGUUACCAUUUUGUUCGGAGGACCAGACAGGUGACCCGCUACCGGACCGGGGAUGCCUACACCACCACCCAGGUCUACCAUGAGCGGGUCAACACACGCGUGAGGGAGGGAGAGUUUGACUACAGUCGCUGCGGUAUGCGGGACGUCUCACGGGAUCUACGUGGACUGGAGAGCCACCCGGCGACAAGACUUCGUUUCACCAAGUGCUUCAGUUUCGCUGGGGCCGGACCAGAAAAUAAUUACCUCAACCAACGUGCCAGGUUCUUCUCAGAGAUUGAGGGUUUGGAUGACUACAUGGAGGCUCGGGAAGGGAUGCAACUGAAAAACGUGGACUUUAAAGAGCACCUGAUAGCCUACGUGGACCCUGACCGGCUGCCCUGGUAUACUUCUCAGGUGGCAUUCUGGUUCACUGCUCUGCUCAUGCUGUCCUGGCCCCUGAGGGUGCUUAUAGAGUACCGUACAGCCUUUGUGCACUACCAUGUUGAGAAGCUCUUUGGGCUGGAGUACAGCCACAGCAGCCCCUCUCCAACAGAGGAGGAGGUUCCCAUCAGGAGUGGUCUCCCUCGGGUAGAUACCGUGGACAGCACUGAGCUGGAGUGGCACAUCCGCUCCAACCACCAGUUGAUCCCCAGCUACUCAGAAGCCAUGCUGAUGAACCUGGGGGCUUCGGACUCUGGUACAGCUGAUGACACCAGGUCCUCUAACUGCUUCCUGCUAGACAGCCACCCAGCCCAGAGCUAUAGCACGCUGGUGCAGGACUGUGAGCACUGCUGCCAGCUUCAGAGCGAGGUUGGACAGAGGCGGGCCACCACCAGCUCCAGCUGUUCCUCCAUCUUCUCCCAUCAUGCCUUUCACUCCCGCCUCUCCCUGGACACCUCACACUUCUCACUGUGCCGGAUGUACGGCUCUCGGCGCACCGUAGGCCUGUGGAGGAGCCGCAGCAGCACACUGACUGACCGCUGCUGCGUGGAUGAGCAGUGUUGCCGUUCCUACUCCAGCCAGCUGGCUCUCAACGAGAGCCCGCCCAGCUACCGGGACGCACGCUUCUUCCCUGUCCUCAUUGUGCACCGAGCCGAGGGCUGCGGUAGUGGUGACUCCACCACAGAGGUGCGGCGCUUUUAUGUCCGCCGGGGGUCCUGCUGCCUGGAGACCUCACUCUGAGGGACCAAGAGACAUUUGACUGAUUCAGUAACAAUAUAUUCCAAAUUAUAUUGAGAGUCCAAGAGCAUAUAAAGACUGUUCUGUUGACAGGACUGAAAUUGUGUUACACACUGUCUCUGUGUUGUAUGCUCAGAUUCAUAUAAAGGCUGCAUAGUUCUCAGUCUCAUGUGCACGUUGGAUCUGUAUUGGUAUUAUCUCCUGCUGCAGACAUGAUUGUGAGUCAAACUAAAAAGAGCUGGAUUUGAAUGUUUGAUUCAGUGAUGACCAGCUCUCAGUGAGGUGCAUUUGGCAUUAUGUCAUCGUGAAAAGUUUCCCUUUUCUGUUUAAAAAAAAAGGACAUGUGUAUUGUCUUGUAAUGAUAAGCGAACCUGGGGAGAUUGUGUUCACAUUGCCCUAAAAAAGUGAAUCUCGAGAUGGUCUGAGUUCAGUUCACUUUGGGGACUCUUGAGGGUUCUGAGUUCCUUUGGAGAGUUCACACUCUCCUGAUGGGCCACAUGUUUAUUACUGUUACCCUGUUUAGUAAUCAUUGCCAAUUUCAAAAUGCUUUCAUUGACACAUUCGGAGUGUGUUUUCACACUUGGUCCCUUUCAGACAAUUUUUGGGAACUCAGUGCGGUUCGCUUAAUUUUUUUUGUGCAGUGUGAACUCUCCAAAGGAACUCAGAACCUUCAAGAGUCCCCAAAGUGAACUGAACUGAGACCAUCUCGAGAUUAAAUUUUAUAGGGCAAUGUGAACACAAUCUCCCCAGGUUCACUUAUCAUUAUUCACCCACCACACACUAGCCACUGCAACACCAUUUCCCAAGACAUAACCCCUCACAUUGGUGCCACAAAAGAGAUGUGCAAGUUUGUGGAAAACAACGUGUGCCGUUGUUGGAUAUUGAUUAGCGAUUGUCAAGGAUGUACAGACAUUCCAAAAUAUGUGUGGAGUUUUUAGUUCAGAUUAUUUGUUUGCAAUAUGUGAUCUUUUGGCUAAGAGAGAGCUGUUUAUUCGAUUGUGAGGUUUGAACAUUAUGAGAAGGCAACAACAUAUUUGGUGAGAAUCACAACAUAGGACCUAGAAUUGAUUAUGUACCCAAAAAGAACAGUAGCCUUGGGUGUACAAUUUAAUUACAGCCUUAUCUUCAGUUAUUCUUCUGCUAUUUAUUAUGUUACCAAUAAUAUGAACAUGUUAAUACCUUAUUAUUAUUAUUAUUAUUAUUAUUAUUAUUAUUAUGUCUCAUCUUUUAACUAAAUUAAAUAUAUUAGCUUCCAAAAUGUAAGUAGGUGUGUCUAGCUGUCCAAUAACAUUGAUGGAAUGGCUUGUCCUGCACUUUGUAAAAACCCAGAGUGCAUUGAGUGAAUGUUGAAAACAGGAACCAAAAUCUGUCUUAGCAAUGUGAAAGCAAAGACAACUCAGACCACAAAAUAGGGGAAGUGAACUGGCAAAAGUGUUGAGUCCUCAUUUAAAGGCAAGGGCAAUGUGAAUACAAAGAUAACCGAGUUCUUUAGAUUCUUUUUUUUAAAUCCUAGAGUUCACUUUAAAAGAGGACUGAGAAUGGUGUUGUUUUAGGGUGUUUUCACAUAUAGUCCUCUUGAAAAGAACCAAAGUCACAGAAAAUCAAACUGCCUGAUCUACAUAGAACACAAUAUUGAGAAGUUACAUUUUCUUUGCUUUUGCAUGUUUCUAAUGGAACAAAAUGUAUCUGUGUCAAGUAAGUGAAGGUAACAUACUAUGUACACUACCGUCCAAAAGUUUGGGGUAACUUAGAAAUGUCCUUGUUUUCGAAAGAAAAGCAAAAAAAAAAAAAUGUGUCCAUUAAAAUAACAUC